AUGAUAAGAAUAUAUCCUUAUCCUUUUAGCAAAUAUGUUAAAUCUUUACCAGAUCCACCACCAGGUAAAUCUAGAGAUAUAAAAAACUUUGAAUGUAAAAAAUAUGAAAAUGAUUAUACUUGGCUAUUGGAAGCAAAAAACAAUUUAAAAAAAUGCUUUUAUAUGUGUAACGUAUGUUCAAAAAAAUUUAAUUAUAUGAGAUGUUUAGUAAAAAAUUCUAAUGUGCAUUAUGAAUACAACUCAUUUAACAAAAACAUAGAAAAACUAUCCGACUACAAUAAAACAAAAGAUAAAGAAAGUAAUAAAUAUAAUAUUCAAUUGUGUGAUAAUAAUAAUAAUAAUAGUAAUAGUAAUAAUAAUAGAAUUAAUAAUGAGCGUAAUGAUAAUGAAUCAGAAAACAUAAAAAACAACAUUAUUAAAAUAAAAAAGAACAUUUUUAAGAACGAUGAAUAUAGCAACCAAAGCAUCGACGACAUGCACUUAAUAAAAAAUAAUAGUAUAAUAUUUAGCAACUCUUUAAGCCCUAAUGAAAAUAACCAUUUAUCAUUUAAUGAUGAUGUAUUUAUUUUUUUAGAUUAUUAUACGAAAAAGCAUUCAAACAGUAAUUAUAAAAAAACUGAUGAAGAAAGUUAUAAUGAAAAAAAAAAUUUCGAAAAAUUGAUGUUCUCAAAAUACGGCGAUCAUGAAUUAUGGCCUUUUGAAUUAGAUGAUAUGAUAAUACACAUAAAAAAACAUGUGAAACAUAAUAUAUCAUAUUUUUCCUGUAAACAUGUUAAUAUGAAUGAUUUAUAUAAUUCUAAUGAAGAGAAUAAUAAUUAUGAUAAUAUAAAUAUUUAUGUAUGUGAUAAUAAUAAAGAACAAUCUUCUAUGAAUAAUAGUAUAAUAGAUGUAAAUGAAUAUGAUAUGUGUAAUAUAGCACAAAGUAAUGUUGUUAAUUCUUUUAACGAUAAAAAAGAUAUUAAUGAUGAACAAAACGAAAUAUAUAGUAUGAAAAAUGUAUGCAAUACUACUAUGUGUAGUGAAAAAGAGUUUUGUCAUGUAAAAAAUAAUCCAUAUUAUGGCAAUGAAGAACAUAACAUUAACAAUGAUAAUAUCAAUAAAAAUGAAGAUUAUGGAGAAUUAUUUAAUAAUUCUAACGUUUCUAGUAGUAUUCCAGACUUUAAUUUAUUAUGUGAUUCAAAAGAAAGAAUAAAAAAUAUGAUGAACAAUAAUUUAUUACCUCAUUGUAAUAAAGGAAAUUAUAAAAAUUCAAGAAUAGACAAUACAUUAAAAUAUAAUAAUGAUAAUAUAGAUAACAAUGAGCAUAAUGAAAAGAAAAAAAAUAAUAAGUCGUCAACUGUUGAUCAUAAAUUUAAUAACGACAAUAAUGUGAAUUACAACAAAAAUAAAAGUACAUUAUUACCUUUAAAUAAAAUUGAUGAUGGUUAUGAAGAAAAUAUACAAAAUUUGAGUGAUGGGCAUUCAAACUCUUUUUAUGAUAUAUUAAUAGAUAAAAAAAAUGUUGAAAUAUGCACAAGUUCUAGCAAAAAGAAGAUUAUUUUUAAAAAAAUUAAUAAUGAUAUAUUGAAGGAUAUAAAUAUAAAAAAUAAUAAUAAUAAAGAUAUAAUUAAUGAAAAUCAUGAUGAUGGCAAUAAAGAAAAUUUCAAAAAAUUUAAUAAUAAACCAAAAAUACACAAAGAAGAUACAUAUUUAUUAUAUACAGAAGAAAAUAAUUCCCACUCUGAAAGUACUAAAGAAAAAAAUAAAAAUAUUUUAAAAAGCAGGUAUAUAACACAUAUAGUAAAAGAAAAGAUGAUAAAUACUGUUGAUAUGCCAUCAAGCAACUUAAUGAUUAAUGAUGGAUGUAAUUCUAAAGAAAGCAUAAAAGAUGAUUCAAGUUGUAUUAAAGAAAAUAUAAGUACGUUGAAUAAAUGUGAAAAAAAAAUAAAAAAUAAUGUUCAUAUUGAUGAUUUCAACAAAAAGAACAUUUUGAAUGGUGUAACAUUAAUUCCUGAUAAAAAAGAUGAAAAGAUGCAAAAAUUAAAUAAUGAAAAAACAAAGGAACGUUGUGAUAAAAAUAAAAAUGAAAAUAAUAUUUAUAAUGAAUAUCCUAUUGAUAAUGUAGAAGAAAAUGUGCAUAGUAUUCUUUGUGAAAACAACAAAAUGAAAAAAAAAAAAAAAAGUGAUAUAAAAGAAUAUUGUAAAGAAUGUAAAGAUAAAUUAAGUAUGAAUAAUUAUGACAUAAAAAUAAAUUGUUUUAGUAUUGAUGAAAAAGAGAAAAGUAGAAAUUUUAAAUUAUUAGAUCAAAUAAAGAAUGAUAAAUUCAACAUUACAAAUGAAAAGACGAAAGUUAAUAUACACGAUAAUGUGCAAUAUAAUCAGAAAGAAGAAAUAGAAGAUAUAGAAGAAAUAAAUUGUAACAUGAAUGAAAAAAAAAAUUCUAUUGAGAAUAUUUCUAAAAAAAAAUUACAUAUAAACCAAGGAGAAAAAUGUUGUAGCAGUAAAAUGAAUAAAACUGAGUAUUUUAAUAAUUCAGAAAUAAUUGAAAAUAAAGAAAAAGAACAAAAAAAAGAAGAGAUUAUAGAUGAUACAUAUAGUUGUAAAGAAAACAGAAAAAAAGAAUUAGAAAAAAAAUUAAACAAUAUUUUGAAUUUUUCUUGUAAACCUAAUAAAAUAAAUAUUCACAACAAAAUUUAUACAACUAAUGAUAAGGAAAAUAAAACUAUAGAUGAAAAUAGUAAAGUAGUAUAUAUAAACAACAACUAUUUUUUUAAUAUAAGAAAAAAUGAUGAUAACUACUAUAUUGAGAAGAGCAAUGAUAUAAAAAUUGAAAAGAAUUUUAAGAAAUAUAAUUUGAACAAUCUUGAUUUAGAAUUUUGUAAAAAUGAAAAUGAUUUUUAUGGUUUUAAAUAUAUGAGUAAUGUUUUAUCAAGUAGCUGUAAUUUGUCUAAAGAAUAUAAUUUUAAUAAAAGUUUUGAAUCAAAUAUAGUAAAUUCAAAAAUCGAUAAAUUAAAUGAUUUGAAAAAGAAAAUUUUAAUAAAAAAGUAUUUAAAUGAAAUUGCACAUAAAAAAAAAAAUCAUGCAAUGAAUAGUAUAAAUAAGAAAGUAUCACAUUUGAAUCGCUCCCCAAUAAAUUGUAACAUGGAUAAAAAUAAAUAUGAUGAAAAACUUAAAUGUAAAGAUAAAUUAUUUAUUAAAGACGAAAAAAUUGCACAAUAUUUACAUAUAAAACAAAGGAAAAAAAUUAAUAAUCAAUAUGAUAAAAUUAGUAAAAAUAAUGUUAAAAUAUAUAAAGCACCUAAAUCGCCAAAACAACAGGAUAAAAUACCGAAACCAUUAGCUAGCCAAUUAGAAAUAAAUUCAUUAUCUUAUUUAAAAAAUACACCAUCAUAUCCAUUUGAGGAAUUUAAUUUUUAA